CUGUAGUUCCUUCUACAGUGUUAACAGUUAAUUUCACUAAUCUGGCCGAUUCCCUUUCAACCAAUUCUAAUGAAAUUUUUUCGUUAGUAAGUGAACCGAGUUGGCUAAUAAACAUUUCAAGAUUAACUAAUUUACUUAAAGAAAUAAAAGAAAUUAUGGUCUUUCGAUUUUACAUAGUUCUUUUAAAUAAAUAACAAAAUGUAGCUCUUAGCCAAUGAAACUAUGCUGAUAAUAGCUCAUUUUUCUGAACCACUUCGUUCUUGAAUUACUCACCUUUAGUUCUUACCGCCUGGUUUGAAAGAUCUGAGUCAAAAUUCCGAUUUGCCACACAAUUCUUUGUUGAAUUAACUUUUUGUAUAUUUUAUAUUUUAGUGUUUUAAUAUUAAAGAGCUUUUAGCUUAACAUUUGCAACAUGACUAGAAAGAAAAACAAAAACAAGUCGACAACUAAGGUCAUAACUGAGAUAGAUGAAUCAUUUAACAAUUCUGGCUCGCAAACCACCAAUGGUUGUGAAAUAUCUGAGAAAGAGAAACAUAAGAAAGAUGUAAAAAGGGCCGGCUCUCAUAAUCUUAAGCUUGGGAAGAGCUUACCACAGAGGCAGCUGGGCUUAGAAAUUUCAAGUAGUGCCAGCUUCAGUGAACUGAAAGGAAAGGUGUCAGAAGAAACAUUGCAAGCCAUCGAAGACAUGGGAUUCACUCGGAUGACGGAAAUUCAGGCGAAAGCUAUACCACCGCUUUUAGAAGGUAGAGAUCUGGCUGGAAAUGCCAGAACAGAAUCUGGAAAAACAUUAGCUUUUCUUAUCCCUGCGAUUGAAUUGAUUGUCAAGUUGAAGUUCAAGCCUAAAACUGGGACCGGUUGUAUAAUUAUAUCUCCUACAAGAGAGUCAGCAAUUCAAACCUUUGGUGUGCUUCAGGAAUUAAUGAAAUAUCACCAAAAUACUUGCGGGCUCGUAAUGGAUGGUGCUGAUCGAGAAAGUGAGGCAAAAAAACUGCAAAAUGGCAUUAAUAUAUUAGUCGCAACACAUGGAAGGCUCUUUGAUCACUUGCAAAAUACUCCUGGUUUUAUUUAUAAAAAUCUAUCCUGCCUCAUAAUUGAUGAAGUGGACAGAAUUCUAGACAAUGGUUCUGGGAACAAAUUGAAGCAAAUCAUCAAUCUAUUACCUGAAAAGCGAUUGAAUAUAAUUUUUUCUGCAAGAUCAAAUAGACAACUAAAAAAUUUUAUUCGCCUAGCAAUAAAAACAGAGCCUGUUUAUGUUGGAGGCGAUGAUUCAUACAAUAUGGCUACACUUAAGAAAUUGGAACAUGGUUAUGUUGUUUGCCCUCCUGAAAAAAAGUUCUUGUUAUUAUUCACCUUCCUUAAAAAGAACCGUAAUAAGAAAAUUAUGGUAUUUUUUAGUUCUUGCUUGUCAGUGAAGUUUCAUGAUAUGCUGCUAAAUUAUCUUGAUCUCCCUGUCAUAAGUAUUCAUGGUAAACAAGAACAUAAGAAGAGAACUGCUACUUUCUUUAAUUUCUGCAACGCUGAAAGUGGUAUUUUGCUGUGCACGGAUGUAGUAACCAGAGAUUUAGAUAUCCCAGCUGUCGAUUGGAUUGUUCAAUAUGAUCCACCAGAUGAUCCUAAGGAAUAUAUCCAUCAGCUGACAAGAAUACCUUGUGGUGAAGGAGAAAGUUUUCAAGGCUUAAUACUGCUAAGGCCUGAAGAAAAAAAAUUUCUCAUGUAUUUUAAAUCUUUCAAAAUCCCUGUUAGUGAAAUGAAUUUUAGCUGGAAUAAAGUUGCCGAUAUUCAGUUUCAGAUUGAGAAGUUGAUACGCACUAAUUAUGCGCUUAAUCUUGCUGCUAACGAUGCCUUCAAGUCCUGUGUCAAGUCUUAUGAUUCUCACCUAUUUAAACGAGUUUUUGAUAUCAAAGCUCUUGAUUUAACAAAGCUGGCAAAAAAUUUUGGAUUGUUAGUUCCUCCAAGGGUUGAUUUGAAUAUUGAAAAUUUUGAAGAAAUAAGGACCCGAAAACGAAAUGGAGGUGAUUUUGAGCACAGCGAAAACCAGCAGAAAACAAAAAGGCUUUGUAAAUUUAUUCAACCAAAGCAAAGAUGAAAUGAAAAUUGUUCUGUAUCAAAUUCAUAAGUGGGAUUUCUCUCUGAAAUUCUAAAGAAGCUAAUUAUUAUCUGUCAACUUUUUAUUUAUUUAUGUUUUAAUGAAAUUAGGUAAACUUUGUACCUAUAAAGUUUCAAUUUUUCUCUGUUCUGGGCGUUUAUACUUUCAGUAGAGUCCCACUAAUCUGCACAGCAUUUAAAAAAAUUUAAACUAAUAAUUAGGCAAGGGAAAAGAAGGCUCAACUUAAGCCCUGUUAUCAGGUAUCUAUUUUGUCUAUGUUAUACCUUAACAGUUGUUUUUCAGCAAAUCUAAAAUUUUCUGCUGAAGGAACAACAGACAAGUUUUCUUCUUUAAAUUUCAUCCAUUGGAUAGUUAAUUUUGAAAAUUGAUAGUUUUCUACAGCUUAGAUCUUUCACUAAGGCAAUGUGUAAGGGCUUAUAUUAGCAAUUCCCC